AUGUCUCCAUCGGAGGACGCCCCCGAGAAUGGCCAACAACAAGUCGUCUAUCAAGAUUCAGUGCGAGUUUCCAAAGAUGCCGCUGCUCGAUCAGCGCCUGCAGCGCAACACGAGGAUGCCGUUCCACACGCGUCUCGGGGCGGUAGAUCAGAGCAGGAGCAUCAUACGCAAAGAAACGAGGACAAGAGGCGCGACACAAAGACUGGAUCGCGGGGAUCGCACGAGAAUCGGGGCAGGGAGGAUCGCGAUAAGAUGCGGGGUGCAAGUGAUCACAUCCCUACCCCCGUCGUACCCCCAAAGGCCCCACCGUCAACUACUGUGACAUCCACUGCAACAGCAUAUGAUCAGCAUAAGCGGGAAUUAACAGACCUCAAUCGUCCUCCGUCUCGUCAGGAAUCCCGAAGGUCAGAGUCACCAUCUGACGAAGAAUUUGUCCAUGUUGAAUGUGAUAGCGCCAGGCCGGAUGUAAGACCCAGGGCAACAAGCGUAACGGGACGCGGCACUGGUGCAUAUUCGGGUUCCUCUCCGACGUCCAGAAACCACCGUUCCAGCGAUUCGAGAUCAACGAUGCCGGUAUCGUAUGCAAGCGCCGUUACAUCUCAUGCUCCUCAGGCGAUUUCCCCUGGGUCCCACCAUACGCAAUACAAGACUCUUGCUCCUAGUAGCACUGUGACUCAUGAGACGCAAACUUCAGUUUAUCCCCGGCGCGGGUCAAUCGAUAGAGAGGUGACGGCGGAAGAAUUCCAUCAGCAUAUUCCUCGAGAGACAUUCCAAGAAUCGCCUCGUCCUCAUUCCGACCCUGGCGAAGCGAACUUGAAGGAGGAUCGAGGGCCCACUCACCAGAGUCAGCAAGAGCUCCAACAAGAUGUCGAUGCUCCUCGGAGCGCGUCAGCUCCCUCAGGAAAUCUUUUUAGUGCCGGAAUCCGCUCAAUUUUUUCGGGAAGCAUAGGUCCUAUUGUUGAAGCCGAAAUGAACCGCAUGAAGGAGAAGGUCAGAUUGGCGGAGGCAAAGGCCAGCAAGUAUCGCAACACGUUGGAGGGCUACCAGGCCGAACUCUACAGGUCCCAAGGAGAAGUUCGUACAUAUGCAAGGACAUGCCGUGAGCUCCAGCAUGACCGCCAGAGGCUGAUGGAGACCAACACCAGUCUCAUGCACGAGCUCAAUGCAGUCAACAGGCGAUUGGAAGAGACGAAGGCGCUAUCGGACACACGCGGCAAGGAACUCAUUGGUGCCCAGGCUUUCCUCACCAAAGCCGACUCUCUUUCCAUCUCCGAUGUCGUGCAGAAGGUCGAGGGCCUCAACGAGGAGAUCUUCCAAGCUGCGGCGUCCCUAGGCGAGUGCAUCACACGCAGGAAAUACGGCCUGACGGAGGUGCAGUUGGGCGAAUGCUUCCAACGGGUGUCUUCUCUCAUCGGGGCACCGUUAGCGAGCAUCAUCGUCGAGGAAUCGCACAAAUCAGAAGAGGAACCUGCUAACCCGUUGUUGGUGCAAGUCGUUCUUCAGGUUUUCUUGGCCAACUUCUGCGUGCGAAAGAUACGCGCCUGGACACCAGACGACGCCACGAUUAAUACAUUUUUGAAGCAGACAUACGAAGGCAUUCGUGACAAUGAGGAACAAGCGGUCUCGGGACGUUGGCGAGCGCUGACACGCAAGAGUCUCUUUACAAAUUCGGAAGUAUGGGUGCAUGAAGUGGCCGAAAGACUUUCAACGGUGUUCCAGCUUUGCGGUUGGAACGCGACUCAGGCGCACCGUGAAGCUUUCGAGAACCAGCUCAUCCCUAUCUUCAAAGGCGUACAUGAUGCACGCAGUGCGCUCGGGGAGAUGUUCACCUCCGCCGAUCUUGAGGCCUCUACAAUUCAACCUGGAGUUCCCUUCAAGAGGGAAUACAUGGAGGAAGUUUAUGGAGACGGCGAUGACCAUAAAAGCGGCACACAGGCGGUUGUUGCUACGACGGGGAUCGGUGUGAGGAAAGCCUUGCCGCGUGAACGUCGUUACGAGAACGUGAUGUCGCCGAAGGUGAUCCUUGAGUCGAGCUUGAAGGUGGCAUUGGAGCCUCAGCCGCAAGAGGCGUCGAGGAGGUCUAAGGGCAGGCGCGAUAAGAGGCCGAGGGACGAACAACAAGACGACCGUCAGCGUAGCAAGGUUCCGGCUUUCUCUCAUGAAAAGUGA